AUGCUCUUAAAACUUCUUAUCACUGCUCUUCUUCCAGCAAUUGCCUUCGGCGUCUUGCAUGGCAUCCCAUCAAGUCCUUACGAAACGCGUUCACUGGUGUCAGUAAUCUCACGUUUUCCGAAUCUGCCCGAUGGACAGGCGAUGAUUUGUGGUGGUGUUAUUAUCACCCAAAAUACCGUACUUACUGCUGCUCAUUGUGUGAAUGAUGGCAGCGUUAGCCCUUGUCCACAAAUGAAAAUCGGUUUUCAGACUGCCCGCGGAAACGAGGAUAUGGCUCUUUUGUAUCUUCCAAAACCUAUCGAAUGCAAGCCUUAUCAAGGUCCCCAGGUCGCUCGACUACCUCCUAUGCCUGGAAACAAUACCUCGCCUUUCUUCGAUCCUAUCAAAAGUCCCAUCACGGACAUCGAAUUGGAGAGUGCAGUAUGCGUAGCGUCAGGAUGGGGACUUACAAGACCUCCUUGUGAGCACCAUGCUUUCUACAAUCGUAUUCUGCUUGACCCAGCCGGAAAACAGUGA